GCCAUUUUGGAAGCGAAUCGUUCACAGCACAACCGUCUUGAGCACAGGAACUAUGCCGCGGGGCCGGCCUCGCAAACUGAACCUAGAUAGAAAGGACGAAACAGGUUUCAGUGAUGGGUCGCGGGAAAAGAAGUGCACCAUCUGCUCCCAGACCUUCACCAAAGAGAGCAAGCUACAGAAACAUCUCCGUGAACAUGAGCUUAACGAUAAGCCCAACCGCUGUGACCAGUGCCCGCAGACGUUCAACGUGGAGUUCAACCUCACGCUGCACAAGUCCACACACAACACGGCCGACUUCACCUGCCCUGUCUGCAACAAGAAGUUCUCCCGCGUCGCAGGCCUCAAAUCCCACGUCAUGCUGCACAAGAAAGAGGAGAACCUCAUCUGCUCGGAGUGCGGCGACGAGUUCGUCCUCCAGAGCCAGCUCUCGCUGCACAUGGAGGAGCACCGGAAGGAGCUUUCGGGCAUUAAGGUGUACACCUGCAAAACCUGCAGCAAGGAGUUCAAGACGUUCGUGCAGCUGAGGGAGCACACAAAGAGUCACGUCAAGAUGAGGGCGCUGUCCUCUAGCUCCAGAAACUACAAGAAAAACAUCGAUCGCAGCGGGUUCACAAACAGCUGCCAUCACUGCGGAAAGGCCUUCAAAAAGCCCAGCCAGCUUGUCAGGCACAUACGAAUACACACGGGUGAAAGACCCUACAAGUGCACCCAUUGCAACAAGGCUUUCAACCAGAAGGUGGUGCUGCAGACCCACAUGGUGAAACACACAGGAGAGAAACCUCACAUGUGCAUGUUCUGCCCAGCAUCCUUCUCCCAGAAGGGCAACCUGCACUCUCACGUUCAGAGGGUUCAUUCUGAGACCAAAGGGGUACCUCUAUUCCCGUGCAUGGACUGCAGCUGUGUAUUCAAGAAACUGGGGAGCCUGAAUGCCCACAUCAGCAAGAUGCACAUCUCUGUGAUCGAGGUGCCGUCCAGCACUUCGGAGACCGAGACAACAGGUCAGACCGUGGGGGGGUCGGAGGGUGGCGAGGGGGUGACAGAUGUCAUCCAGCAGCUCUUGGAGCUGUCGGAGCAGGUCAGUGGGGAGACGGCUCAACCUCAGCCUCCGGAGCCAGCUAUUGCCAUGGAAACUGCAAUCAACCAGGACAUCCUGCAACAAGCUUUGGAGAACAGUGGUCUGAGUGUCGUCCAGCCGCAGAGUGACGCCCCAUCCGGAGAGUCUCAGAAUCCGAGCACAGAGGGCACCGCUUCAGAGAGCAAGAAAGUGGAGUUCCCAGACAAAUCACUAAGGGAGAAGAGGAGGAGCAUUUUUAAGAAGCCUAUACAAAUGCCAGGCUCGAUCAGGGAAGAGGACGGUGUGCGCUGGCACGGCUGCCCUUACUGCGCCAAAGAGUUCAAGAAGCCCAGCGACCUCGUCCGCCACAUUCGCAUCCACACCCACGAGAAACCCUUCAAGUGCAAACAGUGUUUCAGAGCUUUCGCAGUGAAGAGUACCCUCACAGCUCACAUGAAGACACACACAGGCAUCAAGGCCUUUGAGUGUCAGUGCUGUCUGAAGCGCUUCUCCACUUCAGGCAGCAUGAAAGUGCACAUGCGGCUGCACACAGGCGUACGUCCUUUCCCCUGCCCUCACUGUGACAAGAUCUUUCGCACGUCCGGUCACAGGAAGACGCACAUUGCGUCACACUUCAAAAGCCUGCAGCAAAAGAAGAACAGAUUUCAACGGAAAGCCAACAAAGCCAAAGCCUCCAAGAACAUCUUACCUCUGCCCGACAUCCCCUUGCAGGAACCCAUCCUCAUCACGGAUUAUGGCCUCGUCCCCUCCCAGAAUCCCCGCCUUGCUUUUCAGCAGUUCCUGGAAGUUGUGGGCAACGACAGGCCGUACAAGUGCCAGUACUGCAGCAAGGCUUACAAGAAGUCAAGCCAUCUAAAACAACAUGUCAGAUCUCACACAGGAGAAAGGCCGUACAAGUGCAUCCAGUGCAGUCGAGGUUUCGCCUCCUCCGGAGUCCUCAAAGCUCACAUCCGAACGCAUUCGGGCCUAAAGGCGUACAAGUGUCUGGUGUGUGACACAACGUUCACCACCAGCGGGAGCCUGCGGCGCCACAUGACCACUCACAGCGAACUCCGACCUUACAUGUGCCCCUACUGCCAGAAGACGUUCAAGUCGUCACCCAACUGUAGGAAGCACAUGAAGACGCACAGGUAUGAACUGGCCCAGCAGCUGCAACCACAGUCAGGAGAGGAUCCGCUGGGAACAGGCGCCGUUACCCAUGACAUGCCGGUGGAAAUGGAGGCGGAGUCUCUCCAGCAGGCUGCCACUACUGCAGCAGAGCAGCAAGGCAUGCUGGGACUGGGCCAGGGAGAGGUUGUGAAUGGAGGCCAGCAAGUGACACUCGAUGCCCCUUUGGCUGACCAGCCACUAGUUCAAGGCGAAGACUCGUAUGUGACCACUCAACAUGCUUUGCCGCAGAAUAUCGGUCAGUUUGAGACACAGACUCUACCUCAGCCUACCUUUGACCAGCAAAGUCUAACACAAGGGUUCACCAUACCGGAGCCGAGCUACAACCAGCCCCAGUUCUCCGCUGUCCAGCAGCUGCAGGAUUCCAGCACACUGGAGUCCCAGGCUCUGUCUUCCAGCUAUCAUCCUCCAAACCUGCUCCAUGUCCCCAGCUCAGAGGUUACAAACGGACUUCUUCAGGAGAGCAGCCAGGCUGAUCUCCAGCUGCCUACAGAAGCAGCAGACUACCAGGAAGACGGUGAAGACAACACCAAGAGAGCCUACAGAUGCAGCUGGUGCUCCAAAGCUUUCAAAAAGUCGAGCCAUCUGAAGCAACACAUCCGAUCCCACACAGGGGAGAAACCGUACGCAUGUCACCUCUGCGGACGAGGUUUUGUUUCGGCUGGAGUGCUGAAGUCCCAUCUCAACACACACACAGGGAUGAAGCCGUAUAAGUGUGACGUUUGUGAAGCUUCUUUCACUACUAAUGGAAGUCUGAGUCGGCAUGCGUUUAUCCACAGCAAGUCAUUCAAAUGCUCCAUGUGUAACGAGUGCUUCCGCACCAGUCUGUUUUGUAAAAAGCAUAUGAAGAAGGAGCACGGUGUGGAGGAAAAAGUUGUAGAUCUCGAGCCUCAAGACGGGGAUGACGACGACGAUGACGACGACGACGGAGAUCAAAAAACGUCCAAAAGGAGGAGUUUGGAGAUCAUCACUUUCACCGAGGAGCAGGCAGCCGAGCUGGCCAAGGACCCCGGAGAGGAGGCCUCCGUGUCGGAGCGGAUCCUCGCCCAGUCGGCGGCCGAGAGGGAUCGCAUCAGCGAGAUCAAGGACAAAGCGGUGGAGCUGGAAACCGAACCCAAGUUUGCCAACUGCUGCAGUUACUGCCCCAAGAGCUUCAAGAAGCCCAGCGACCUCGUCAGACACAUCAGGAUCCACACAGGUGAAAGACCUUACAAGUGUGACGAAUGUGGGAAGAGUUUUACGGUGAAAUCAACCCUCGACUGCCAUGUGAAAACACACACAGGUCAGAAACUGUUCAGCUGUCACAUGUGCAACACCUCCUUCUCCACAAAGGGCAGCCUUAAGGUGCACAUGCGCCUCCACACGGGCUCCAAGCCCUUCAAGUGUCCCUUCUGCGAACUGCGCUUCAGGACCUCGGGGCACCGCAAAACCCACAUCCAGUGCCACUUCCGGCCCAACAGCGACAGCCGCAAAUCCAAGCGCUCCUCCGCCGGCCACUCCAGACACAGCCAGGACUCAGGAACCGGGCAGACCGGGGCCUCCGGUCAGAGCCAGCAACCGGCGGCUUCUGAGCCGCUCCAGCCUGUGGGUCUGCUGCAGGCGCCCAGCUCUGACCCCAGCAUCUACCUUCCGACCAGUCAGGUUCUGAGCGGGCAGUUCGACCAGAACCUGCUGCAGCCGGGCCUCGUAAGCCAGGCCAUCCUGCCAGCCUCUAUGUCAGCUGCGGGAGACCUCACCGUUUCCCUCCCGGACGGCCUGACCACGCUGGACGGCAUCCACCUCCAGCUGACCCCGGCCAGCCUGGUGUGCCCCAACGUGCAGAUUUCUGGCAUCGACACGAGCAACAUCACACUCCAG